AUGUCGGGCAACAAGCACAAUACCAUGGCUGUGAACAUCCCUCUUGCGGCCGCGGUACCACUCGAUGUGAUUGCGGGCAUCAAGAAUGACCAAACUCUCCCUGAGAUUGUCCUUGAUGCCGUCUUCGGAUCUAUGCGCGACGAGAUCAUCGAAGCGAUCAGGGCCAUCCCAUACGACAUUGCGCCCGUCCGCGACGCCUCCUCGACUGCUACACCAGAGAGCAAGUCGCCACCAGGGUGCGGGUGGAUCAACAUCAAAGUCCAACUCCUUAUCGACGGUAGCGAUCUGGAUCGUACCGCUAUCCCGUCCGUCUCGCAGCGCUUGAUCUUUGCGGGGAAGCAGAUGAGUGAGGAGAAGUGGUUGGAGGAGUGUGGGGUUCAGGAGGGGAGUGUUGUGUAUCAGGUGCUGGCGUUGAGGGGGACUUGA